UUUAGAGGGUGCCUUGGGACUGUCCAUCAUUUUAGAGGGUGCUUUGAGACUGUCCAUAAUUCUAAAGGGUGCCUCGGGACUGUCCAUAAUUCUAAAGAGUGCCUCGGGACUGUCCAUAAUUCUAAAGGGUGCCUCGGGACUGUCCAUAAUUCUAAAGGGUGCCUCAGGACUGUCCAUAAUUUUAGAGGGUGCCUCAGGACUGUCCAUAAUUCUAAAGGGUGCCUUGGGUCUGUCCAUAAUUUUAGAGGGUGCCUCGGGCUGUCCAUAAUUCUAAAGGGUGCCUCGGGACUGUCCAUAAUUUUAGAGGUUGCCUCAGGACUGUCCAUAACUUUAGAGGGUGCCUCGGGCUGUCCAUAAUUCUAAAGGGUGCCUCAGGACUGUCCAUAACUUUAGAGGGUGCCUUGCGACUGUCCAUAAUUCUAAAGGGUGCCUCGGGACUGUCCAUAAUUUUAAAGGGUGCCUCAGGACUGUCCAUCAUUUUAGAGGGUGCCUUGGGACUCUCCAUAAUUCUAAAGGGUGCCUCGGGACUGUCCAUCAU